AUGUCUUGGCUUAUAAAAUUCUAUCCGGAUCUCAGCUGUUUUGAAGGUAUUGAUGGUAUCAAUAAUACUAAAAUAAGGCAUCGUCUAAAGAAACUUUUCUACAAUGACAGCUACCGAGUAUAUCCAUACGAGAAACCUCAAGAGAGAUCACUUUAUAAAUACUGGAAAAAUAGGCGUACCAUUUUCAAACUUAUUGAUGAAGGUGAUAUCUUCUUAACAGAUGAAUUAUGGUUCAGCGUAACUCCAGAGAACCUUGCUCAAUUCACUGCAAGCUACAUAAGACAUUGUCUACCGCAUGCUAAAUACGUUGUUGAUGUAUUUUGUGGGGGUGGAGGAAAUGUCAUACAAUUUGCAAGACUAUUUGAUAAGGUAUAUGGGGUCGAUUCUAACAUCGAUCAUUUGUAUUGCACUUAUAAAAAUGCUCAGUGUUACGAAGUAACUGAUAAAGUUAACUUAAUAUACGGGGAUUGGGAAGCUGUGCUGAACAAAACUUUGAAAAACAAAAUCAACCAGAAGCAAGACUGCAUUUUCGCAUCCCCUCCUUGGGGUGGUGUUAAUUAUUUAAAGCAGGACACCUAUGAUUUAGAAAAACAUUUGGAACCGGUCUCUCUUUCUAAGCUUUUAGUUCUUCUUUUCAAGUUAUGCGACAACGUUGUUUUAUUUCUUCCGAGAAAUUCUAAUUUGGAUCAACUGUCUGCUAUUACCGAAGAACUUUUGGGUCCAGGCGAAAAGUGCAAAGUAGUGUAUGUUAAAGACAAUGGCUACAUGAAAGGGAUUUUAGUGUUUUGGGGUAGGCCCUUUUACGAUUUUUCCGACCAAUAUCCAGAGGGUAACGACAAUGCACCAAAGUUAGAACAAGAAAGAGAUAUUAACAUAAGAAUGGAGGAUUUAUAUUAA